AUAUCUGUGGUCAGUUAUUGUGACUUUGUGACCGCGUGAUCGUAGCUGUCGUGAUUUUCGAUUCCGUAAAUUAAAACGUUUUCGUGAAGAAUAUUGUGUGAAAAUGGGCGGUAAUUUAGCCGGUCAGAACGUAAAUGUAUUCCUUCUAGGAGGAAUUACAAUAUUUUUCUGUGUUAUACUGCAUUUUGUAUACAAGAUCGUUUUCAAAAGCAAGAAAAAGGAAGCACUACAAGAUGAAAAUGAGAGCAAUUCAGGCGCUCCCGCGGAAGAAGUAAGCUCCGAACCGGCGACAACUGAGACACGCGUUAGUGGGAAAUCGAAGAAACGGGCAACAUGGAAAGGGAAAACGGAAUUCAGUCAUCCAUGGCUGUUAAAGAAUCUCAAGGGACACCCGGGCACAGUACUUCUGGUGGACUUCUCAGCCAACGGCAAGUUCAUGGCCGCUACAUGCGAUGAUGGCUCCGUGAUCCUCUGGGAUAUUCGGGAUCUAAACCAGAAAGAACACAAAACGUUGCGUGUGAACAUCGAAUUUGACUACGCGUCGCACGUCGCCUGGAGCCCGGACUCGAAAGCGUUUAUCGUUCACACCGUACGGGACAAUCACAUCAUAGUCUACAAGAUUGAGAAGAAAAAGGAUGGCACCAUAGGGUCAGCGACGCCGGUCAUCACCUUUGAUAAGGUACAUGAGACUGAUGCAGUUGGUUUCGACAUAUCCAGCAAUGGCAAGUUUAUGAUGUCGUGCUCGUCUAACAACGACAUGGUGAUAUGGGACCUGAAGGGGCAGCAGCUGGAGCGGCUCGACACGUACCUGAUGACGACACACACCGCCAAAGUUUCGCCUUGCGGCCGCUUUGUCGUCGCGACGGGCUUCGCGCCCGACGUCAAAGUGAUGGAGGUGUGCUUCACAAAGACUGGGGAGUUCAAACAAGUGACAAAGGCGUUCGAGCUAACCGGCCACUCUUCGGGCGUGUACGACGUCGCCUUCGAUGUGGACACGUCACACAUCGCGACUAUAUCGAAGGACGGCACGUGGAAGCUAUAUCAUACAAAGAUCGAGUACACCCGUGGAGAGUCCCCACAUGUGCUGGAGACGGGCACGUACCGUCAGACAGCCAACCCACCGCACAUAGCACUCUCACCCAACGCCGAAGUACUGGCCGUCUCCGUUGACUCCAGCGUCGAGUUCUACGACACAUAUACAGGAAAACUUUAUGAUACCGUCGAGAAUGUUUAUUCUGGAUUAAUCAACUACAUGAAAUUUGAUGCAAGCGGAAAAUAUCUGUUCGUUUGCGGCGACCGCGCUGUACGCAUACUCCAUAAUGUAUGCGGGUACCAGACUACCAUAGCCAGCUGCAUCAGACUUCAGGGAACCAAGCAAACCUCAGCUACUAUAGAGCGACAGAAAAAGACCAUCGAGGAAUGCAAACAGGCCCUCGCAAAAUUCGGCAAGUAACGCCAUCUAUGAUUUAAACGACAAACUAUCUCGUCAGAAAUGCAUUUAUUAUUUGUUCGUAAUUAAUACUUUAAAUAUAUUUGUAUGAUUUACCGUACGUAUCCUUCUAUAUUUUGUGCAAUUUAUAAUUCAUUGUCCUUGUUGCCAACUCUUGGGUAUUUCAAUUAAAUUGAGAAAUUAGAAUAUAUCAAUGACCGGAAUUAAAGAAAACGAUAUGAUUUUGCUCAAUAUUUUUAGCUGAUUAUUUUCCUCGGACAUUGGCAACAUUGACGAUAACGAAUGAUGUUUACACGAUUAAAAUAAUGAAUGAAAUGAUUAGUUUAUAACUUGAAGUAAUUGACAUUUUGAUGUGUUGAUCUCGGCCCGGGAGUAUUGGCAAAAUUUUACCUUAUAUUGUAAACGUGAGAAUUGCAUUUAUACAUGCGAAUUUUGUAAAACUUCGUAUUGCAUGACUGAACCAAUAUGUUACGUGUAUUCGGGUAACAGCAGUGGUAAUUUGCAUGUCAAUUAUAAUUAUUGCUGCUAUUGUAAGACCACUAAAUAAUGUGAUAAACAUUAUAUAACAUAACAGACAGUAAUUUUAAUUUUACGUUUAGGUAUUACACUCCUGUAUAUGUAUAAUGUUCCUAAUCUUAAGAUCUACACGUCCUUACAUGGUUCCUUAUACAGGUAUAAUAUCGCCUUUGUAUGUAUGAAUAAAUCAAUGAAACAGUUGUUCACUUCAGGAGCAAUUUUUUAUUCAACGCGUGACCAAAUUUUGUGUCGUUGUUCCAAAUAAAGUUCAAUUAACAAACCGCCUAUCAUAAAACAAUGCUCAAUUUUUUUAUAAAUAGUUGUAUUACCAUGGGCGCUUCUGAUAGCAACUACUUAUAUUCAAGGAUAGGAUAGCGUACACUAGUCUUCCCCUGGACCGGUUAAAAAUCUUCCAAUAUCUCAAAAUCUAGAGGUCCAAGCAAUAAAUUUAUAGCCUUCCAUAUAGUUACUUUAUUCUAAUGGCGCCCAUGAGUACUACAGUAAAUAAACUAAUAACUGUAAAAUGUAAUCUUUAAGUUUUAUCCUUGAUACAUCUUUUUAUACUGAAAAUGUAACAUUUACAAACAUUCUGAUGACAGAAUACAGUAGGUAUAAUAUCGACAGCAGAGUGACAUUGCGAUGCGUGGAAAUGUCGAAAUUCCUGAAGUGUUAACAAUUUCACCUAGAACCGGGGUCAGGUUUCAUAAUGGCCGCAUCAUAGUUCAAGUGUCUUAACGCAAAUAAGUACAAUUUGUAUUGUUAUUGAUGGCGGACGCUGUGUGACGUGGCCCUGCGUGAUCGUAUAUUACAAUUAAGUCAAGGAACUGAGUAAGGUUAUUUUUUUAUAAAAUAUUUCGUGCACACGUUUACGUGCAAUGUUCAGUGUUUUCUCUCAGUGAUAAUCUCUCUGUAUUUAGUUGUAACUGAUUUAUUUUUCAAUAAAAUUAUAUGUUUUUAA